CUCGCCGCCGCGAUGUUGCCGAGCCAGGCCGGGGCCGGGAACGGCGCCCCCGCCGCGCUGGCCCGCGGCUCGGGGCUGGGCCGGUCGCCGGUGCCGCGUGGGGCGAACGGCGGCGGGGCGGCGGCGGGGGCGCCCGGGGGCUGCCUGAAACGGGAGACGCUGUACAGCGGCAGCGAGGGCGACUCGGAGUCUGCCGAGGAGGAGGAGCUGGGCGGCGAGCGGCGCGGCGUGAAGCGUGGCCUGGCCGAGGCGGCGGCGGCGGCGGCGGGGCCCGCGGCGGGAGCGGCGGCGGCGGCCGCCUACAGCGGCGGCGGGGGCGGCGGGGCCGUGAGCGGCGCCAAGCCCGGCAAGAAGACGCGGGGCCGGGUGAAGAUCAAGAUGGAGUUCAUCGACAACAAGCUGCGGCGCUACACCACCUUCAGCAAGAGGAAGACCGGCAUCAUGAAGAAGGCCUACGAGCUCUCCACGCUGACGGGCACCCAGGUGCUGCUGCUGGUGGCCAGCGAGACGGGCCACGUGUACACGUUUGCCACGCGGAAGCUGCAGCCCAUGAUCACCAGCGAGACGGGGAAGGCGCUGAUCCAGACGUGCCUCAACUCCCCGGACUCGCCGCCGCGCUCGGACCCCACCACCGACCAGCGCAUGAGCGCCACCGGCUUCGAGGAGACCGACCUCACCUACCAGGUGUCCGAGUCUGACAGCAGCGGGGAGACCAAGGACGCCCUGAAGCCCGCGUUCACCGUCACCAACCUGCCGGGAACGACGUCCAUCCCGACAGCCCCCACCACCUCCACCUCCAUGCAGGUCAGCAGCGGCCCGUCCUUCCCCAUCACCAACUACCUGGCGCCCGUGUCGGCCAGCAUCAGCCCCAGCGCCGUCACCAGCGCCAACGGCACCGUGCUCAAGACCACCGGGGCCAGCGCCGUCACGUCGGGGGGCCUCAUGCCCAUACCCACCGGCUUCACCCUCAUGUCAGGUGGCACCAUGGCUCAGCAGGUUCCAGUCCAGGCAAUCCAGGUGCACCAGGCACCGCAGCAAACGUCUCCCUCUAGUGACAGCAGCACUGACCUUACCCAGACCUCUUCCAGCGGAACAGAUAUUGUGACCCUCCCGGCGACCAUCAUGACGUCGUCCGUGCCAACCACCGUGGGCGGCCACAUGAUGUACCCCAGCCCGCACGCGGUGAUGUACGCGCCCACCUCCGGCCUGGCCGACGGCGGGCUCGCGGUGCUCAACGCCUUCCCGCAGGCGCCCUCGGCGAUGCAGGUGUCCCACGGCCAGGUGCAGGAUCAGGGUGGCGUUCCCCAAGUUUUCCUGACAGCCCCAUCAGGCACGGUUCAGAUCCCAGUCUCAGCUGUCCAGCUUCACCAGAUGGCUGUCAUCGGGCAGCAGAGCAGCAGUGGCAGCAGCCUGACGGAGCUGCAGGUGGUCAACCUGGACACCUCACACAGCGCCAAGAGUGACUGAGAGGCCUCUGCUGCUGGCCUUCUGUGUCUGGCUCGGCGCGCCGGUGUCGGGGCUGGCAGCAACUCCUUCUCGUACAGACUGCACCAGUUAUUUAUUGUUGCCUUUUCACGUUUCCUUCAUCCACACAUGCACACACACACACGCGCUCGCCCACCCCCACACACACAGGCACGCGCGUGGGGCCGCAGGGCCCGCGGGGUGGGGCCGCGCAGGGCUGGGGGCGUCGGAUGCUGCAAUAGCUGCGCUUGUCUCACGCCAGCCAAAGAAACUUGUCUCUCGAGGGGAGGAUUGCUCUGCACUGUAAAUAAAUACCGCAGGCCAUUCCCAGCUGGAGGCUCUGGCUCCCUCUGGGCGCUCCGAGUCGCCUUGCCCACGAGUUGUGACUCCGCGCGGGGCUCGGCUCGGACCCGGAGCCGUGGUGCAGGAGCAGCUUGGAGCAGAGCGGGUUGUGGCUGUGCUGCUGGCCUCAGCAAUGUGCCUUUGUGGGGUGACGGGUCCUGGCCGCAGCCGCUCCCCCUGGGCUCCGGACGGCACGGGGGGCCAGCGGGCACGUGCAUCUGUGGGCCCGCGUGCCCUCUCCCCGGAGGGCAGGGCGCAGGCAGGGCCUGCCCUCCCGUAUGCACUACAGUGAGCCCUCAGUGCCUCCCCGGGGCUGCCUGGCACGUCCCCAGCCCGCCUGGCCCUGCCCCGUGGCCGCCCUUGCACAGCGAGGGGGUCGAGAGGUGCCCAGGAACACAAAGAUGCCCGGAGGGCUCCGGGGGCCCUGUGCUCUGCUCGGCCCCGCGCUCAGCCCUCGCACUGCUUCUGGACUCCCUGCACCCAGGGGAACGUGGCUGGGUCUGCCCUGCAUCCCCCUGCAGCUCCAGCCAGCGCUUUCUGAAUUUCUGUGUCUGAUGCAAGGUGGAGAGACAAAUGUCAAAGGGAAGAGCCCACAGGGCGCUGAGCUGCCGGGCAGGCCGCAGGCUCUUCCCCGAGCGCCAGGGUAACCUACGGGCUGUCCUGGGCUGGGGGGAGCAGCUGUGAUGCCUGUACGGGCUCAGCAAGGCCGGGGAGAAGGGCUGGGGCGUGCUUGGUCCUGCAUGGGAGUUGCUGUGAAUGGCUCUGCUACCUAGCCCUGUCCCUGGAGGGAGAGUGAGCAAGUGAGAGAAGCUGCUGAAUCCUUAGGGGAAGAAGCAGCUACUGUAACUUUUUUUUUUUUUUAAGUUAAAGACAAAAGAAGCCUUGGAGAAAAAAAAAAAAGAAAAAAAGAAAAAAAAGAAAAUUACUUUAUUUUUCUAAGUGUUAAACUCAGUAUUUAUGUAAUUCUUUAAGGAAUAAAAGUUUGGCUCCUGUA